AUGGAUAACGAGUUAAUACGCGUAUGGCAGCUCGUAAAUGAGCUCAGCGAACAAUUAGCGCAGAAUCAAAAGCUCGCAAACACCUUGCAUUCCCAGGCAGGCUCCCUGAAGAAUCAAGCUGCCCAUGCAAGCUCAGGAUUCGCACUACGUCGAUUCAAUACAGAUAUAACGAAAGAGACCUUUGAAUCCGAGCUUGAGCGCAUGAAUGCUCAGAUAAUAAUAGAAAAUCAAACGCUUCUACAAGAAAACAAGCAGCUCAGUUUAUUGCUCAAGGAAUACGAAAAUACGAUGGAGACCGUUAUGGCCAAGUUUAGAAAUCAUGCUCUCGCCGCCCAAAAACAUGAAUUAACACUUACACGACACUACGAAACCCUUCUCCUUGCCCGCGACUCCCAAAACCUUUCAAACGACUUAACGUCAUCCACAAAUAUGUCCCAAUCCCUUCAUCGCCUUGCACAUCAUCUACGUGGACUUCUUCGGACAAUGGCCGGCGAGGACCCCGACGACCCAAAGCACCAAAACAUUGACCCAGACUAUGACGGCUCAGGGUUCGGUGUUGUAGAUGUGAAGGAACUGGAGACACUCCUUGAAGCCCUCGACGAAAGAGGGGCAGGCGGCUACGCCGGAGUUGAUGAAAGAGGGGAUUGGGCUAUGGAACGUGAAGCUGAGAUAUCAAGAUUGGAAAGGGAGAACGAGGAACUUAGAGCGUUGCUGGGGAUUGGCGAAGGAAGCAUGGCUGCGCAAGGCGUGAGCGCGGACCUUGAACGAGUGGAGAGCGGUCGGUAUUCGACUUUCCUUUCUAGUUCACUAAGGAAAGGUCCACGACAUCUUCAGCAAGAGGGCAGUGGGGACAAUUUCCCGCCGCUCACACGAACACCAUAUUUAAACUGGGACUCAUCAAAUACUGCGCAGCAGCAAACGCAGGGACCUGGGAACAACGCAAUCCAAAGAGUUGUUGACCUGCAGCCUGGUAUGCGAAUGGGACCGCAAGCUCGUAGGACGGGGAUAUUUGGGGCGGGGCAACAGCGUGGCGGAUUCACUGGAGGGGCAGGGCGUCAGCUUGUGAUUGGAGUUGGUGGCCAAGGUGCGCCUCCAGGCCCACCAUCGCUUUGGACAAAUCAACCUGCUUCACCUGCCCCGCCGUUUAUUGAACGGUCAUGGCAGGCCCAGGGAGCAACGAGUAUUGAUAUCGGGAACCGUUAG